AUGGCAGAGAGGGAGACGGAGAAGAAGGCAGCAGUGUACAGAAGCGUUUCUUUCAAAAAGCUCGAAAGCUGGAGUGCAAAUAAAACUCAGUCUGGAACCGAGGAUCAACAGCACGAAUCAAAAGAUUUGGAGAGGAGCGCCCUUCCCCCUCCAGCAACAGAAGCAGCAGAGAAAGCGCAGCUCUCGGCUGCGCGCAGCUCCAUUGCUCUACCUCUCAGGACACACUCCUUUGCCUCUGGUCGGCAGCAGCAAAAACGAGAAGCAAGACAGCCAUCAGAUAGUUUACAUUCCUGGCAUAGCUCUUCCAGACCGCAGGCUGCCCCCUCUGCAGCACCAGCCAGUGCGAGACUCAGCUCCGGUGAGGAGGAGGACAGCACAGGAAGGCGCAGCAGGGGAGCCAGGAGCAGCCUCCCUUUAGUCCGUGGAGGCGCCUCUUUUUCUAGAAACAACAAGAAUGGGUCCUGGGCCAAGCCGCCAGGGAGGUCGUCAGGCAGUGAAGAGGACAGCCCGGUGCCACUAGCCCACAGCCGCGAGAACGUGAGGCGCAGGUCCCUCAGGAAGAAAAAGAAGAGCAGCGCUGUUGUGGGGGUGAGCAGAGAUGAAAGUGGGGAUUCAGAUGACAGCGACACCACACCUGUGAUGGAGCAAUUUGAGCGGCACCAACAGACCGGUGAUGUGGAGCAGCCAGGCUGCAGACCAGAGGGCCCCAGAUCCAGACCCUAUUUCGGGGGCCAGCCCUGGGAGCGCGGUUAUCCUCAGGGCUCCUUGGGACCGGAUGGUUACAGGCGACAUUACAGAGGGGCAUCAGAUGGUGUCAUCGUCCCUUCUGGCUCCACCCCUGUCCCUGUGGUGUCCAGGGUGUCGAAGGUCAACAUAUCCUCAUUCAUUUCCAGCCCCUGUGGGUCGAGGAACAGCAGCAGGUACUCCAGCACAGAGACACUGAAGGAGGAGGACCAGCCGUCUCCUGCUAGCAGCUUGGCCGCUGCCGCCUCCUCUGUGAUGAGUAAAACCUACCACGGCAACGCCACCAUGUACCGCUCGCCCAGCUUUGGCCACGGAGACAACUUUUCCAGAGCCCCGGUCCGUGUCCGCCCAAGGCUGCCGUUUAACACUGGGUCCACCGAGGGAUCAGGGCUUGACAGCAGGGUGUAUCGCCGUUCCCUCAGCACCGAAAAGGACAAACACGGGAUGUCCAUGUCUAACCCAGACAUCACAUCAGAAACACUCACACUUCUCAGCUUCCUCAAAACAGACCUGUCCGAGCUCAGGGUUAGAAAGAAGGGGGGCACAGGGACAGAUCAAAACGAAGACAGCUGCAGCUUGAACUCUGGUUACCAUAGCGUACCAGGCACUUCCUCUGUGUACAGGAUGGGAUCCAGGUCCCAGGGCUACCCCCAUGGGCGGCCAUCGCUCAAGGACCUUACUGCCACUCUGAGACGUGCCAAGUCAUUCACCUGCUCUGAAAAGCCACAGGGGCGGCGACACUCCUCCGGCAGUGGGGCAAAAAGGAGCUCCUCUGAGCUCCGCCUGGACCAGGCCAGGGAUGGGGAGGUUCUGGUGCCUGAGAGAGAGGUGGAGAGCGAUGACUGUCAGAGAGGCUAUAGUUAUGAGGAGCUGAUGCCCACUCCCCUACAGGACCGGUAUGUGCAGGAGGCCCAGCAGGUCAUCAGGGACAUCUGCCAGAUGAGUGCACAGGACGACUCAUUUGACAUGGAAUACGAAAAAGACAAAGGAUGCAGAACAAAAGAGGAUGAGAAAGCAGCAGGGGAGGAGGAAGAGGAAGAAGUACAAAAUGAGAAUAGGAGCAGUGGGCUGUCGCAGGAACUGAUUGAUGUUCCUUUUUCGGGUGAGGGGAGAGAAAGUGAAAAGUGUUUGAGGGAAGGUGAAUGGGAUGAAAAUGUGUCUUAUGAUAAAUCGGUGGACGAACUGUCUGGACAUGAGUCCAGUUUGACAGAUGAAGGAAUAGUUACAGAACCAGAGAGCGGGUCAUGUGGGGGGUCGUCAAACAAAGACAUUUUAGGUCAAACGCUGACGGUGUGGAAGCAGUCUGGUCUGUAUGAGGAGGAGGGGUUGGGUGCGGAUCCAAAGAAAGGUUCUGUCCCGCCGGUCCUGGCUGUGAAGACUGAGUAUGAGGGCGUUGCAAUUGUGGGGGAGUCUGGUAUUGGUAGUAAAAAUAUGAGCCAGGGGCCACUUGAAGCCCCCUCCACACCUAGUGCUAUUCGACGACGGAGGAAGUUCUCCUCUACGGGAAACAAUGGCUCGGACUCCAGCAACGGUAGUAAUUGCGAAUCUAACGGGGAGACAUAUCGCUCCCUCAGCGACCCGAUGCCGCACUGUCGGCGCUCAAUCACUGAGGAUGCCAAGAGCUACUCUGUGGACAGCAACCUCCUGGGUUCCCUCUCCCUGAGCUCCAAGAGUGGCAUCCCAGAGCCAUCAGCUGCUGAGCUGUCUGAGUGCACGGGCAGCGCUGCCAGUGACCUGUCAGUGUGCAGCGAUGGACUGAAGGACUACAGCACCGUCAUCCAGAGCAUUGUGCGGGAGCCCGGCACCAUGGACAAACUCAUCGACGAGAAGGCCAAUGGCAAAGCUGUGAAGAAGAAGUCUUUCAGUGACCCCAGCCGGCGGGGGGAGUCAUUGGAUGGGCCCGGGUUCAAAGGCCCGAGCGAGCCUAUUAGCGAGCUGGAGCAGCCCAUCCCUCCCUCCAGCAGUGAGCCUAUCCUGUCAGAGCAAAGGGAUGAACUGGGGGAGCUGGAGGAGCGGCGUCGGCCUGGUGGGAAGCCCCGGUCGCAGUCGGAGCGUGCUCUCCCCUCACACCUGGAGCAGGAGGUGACGGAGGGGGCGCCGUGCUUCCCCUUUGACCCCAAGCUUGCGGAGGUCCUAUCGCCUCGCGCAAGCCGCCGCAGCUCCAAGAAGCGCAGCAACCGGGCGACGCACCAGCAGCUGUCCGACCCGGAGCUGCAGGUGGAGCAGCCUGCAGAGAUGCAGCAGCAGCCCCCACAGCACCUGCUCAGGCCCCGGCCCCGGCCCAAGCACGUGCGCCACGCCAGUGAGCCUGCCACCUUCCUACCCAUCAUGCCACCAGAGGGGCACCUGUCCCAGCGGCAGUCGGUGCCCGUCGGUGCCCAAGAGCCCUCACUCCCCGCUGGGCACAAGCCCUACCAGGCUGACCAGGCCCCCUCCCUAGAGGAUGUCACCAAGCAGUACAUACUGGCCCUGAAUACCACCGAUGCACCUGCUGCCAUUGCCCCUGAGCCCCCCAGGUCUACCCCUGCCACCCCAACCACAGGGGAGCCCAGACUCCCAAGGAAGAUCAAUGAGGACCUGGUGCCUGCACCAACCAAGACCAAGCCUGUAGUGGAUAUGAGAAGACAUGUGAUGAUGACCCUUCUCGACACAGAGCAGUCCUACGUGGAGUCCCUUCGCACUUUAAUACAGAGUUACAUGAAGCCUUUGAAGCACCCAGACAACUCCCCCCUGUGUGACCCCUCUCUGGUGGAUGAGAUGUUCUACCAGAUCCCAGAGAUCCUGGAGCACCACGAGCAGUUCUUGGAGCAGGUCCUUGUAUGUGUCAACGACUGGCAUGACCGGCAGACUGUCGGGCAGCUACUCAUCGAAUCGUUCUCCAAGGAGAUUCUGGCGAAUAUUUAUUCGGCAUACAUCGACAACUUCCUGAAUGCGAAAGACGCAGUGCGGGUCGCCAAGGAGGCCAAGCCCGCCUUCUUGAAGUUCCUGGAGCAAAGCAUGCGUGAGAACAAGGAGAAGCAGGCGCUGGCUGACCUCAUGAUCAAACCUGUACAGAGGAUCCCACGAUAUGAGCUGCUGGUCAAGGACCUCCUGAAACACACACCUGAGGUCCACCCGGAUCAUGGUUUCCUGCUGGAUGCGCAGAAGAACAUUAAGCGUUUGGCGGAACGCAUCAACAAGGGCCGUCGGAGUGCAGAGGAGGUGGAGAGGGAGACGCGCAUCAUGCAGGAGAUCGAGGCCCAUAUCGAGGGCGUGGAGCACAUUCUUAACCCUCCGAGGAAGUUCCUGAGACAAGAGAUGGUGGUGGAGGUGAAAACGGUGGGGGGAAAGAAGGAGCGCUCGCUCUUCCUGUUCAGCGACCUGCUCAUCUGCACCACUCUGAAGCGCAAGUCCGGUUCCCUGCGCCGAAGCUCCAUGAGCCUAUACACAGCAGCCAGCGUUAUUGACACCUCAAGUAAAUACAAGUUCCUGUGGAAACUGCCCCUGGAAGAAGUGGAAAUGGUUAAAGGUUCGUCUCAGGCUGCUAACCGUGAGAACAUCCAGAAGACCAUCGGCCGCUUGGACGAGGACCUAAGCACCCUGGGCCAGAUCAGCAAGCUGUCCGAGACCCUCAGCUUCCCCCACCAGAGCCUGGACGAUGUGAUUAAGGACCUGAUGGCAUCUGUGCACCGUGAGCUGGCGGAGAAGCAGUCCCUGGCCUUCAGCAUGACGUUCCUGCCCACCAAGGUGGAGCUGACCACAGCCUCCGCCGAGAGCACGUUCAUCUUCGAGUUCUCCAGCCCUGACGCCCGCAGCAACUUCGAGCAGGCCUUCGAGGACGCCAAGAAAAAACUCGCCAUGAACAAAGACCACUGGGACCCUGAGUUCCUGAAAGCCAUCCCUAUCAUGAAGACACGCAGCGGGAUGCAGUUCUCCUGCGCCUCCCCCAGCCACAGCUGCCCGGAGAACACGUAUGAGGUGUGGGUUUGUAACAGCGAUGGCUACGUGGGGCAGGUGUGCCUUCUGAACAUCCGGGACGAGCCCACGGUGGAGGCCUGCAUCGCCGUCUGCUCCGCCCGCAUCAUCUGCAUCGCAGCCGUGCCCGGGCUGAAGGGCAGGGAGCGUGUGGAGGCGGCUCUGAGCGCCCAGCCCGCUGACCCCGCCCCGACCCCUCCAGCCCAGCAGCAGCAGCUCCACAUCUCCAUAUCUGGCUCUCUGGAGCCGGCCGAGCCCCAGGGGGGCGCCGGGCGCGAGCUCGUCCCCUUCGACAGCGACGACACGGACGAUGAGGACUCCCCCAGCCCCUCCUCCACCCUGCAGAGUCAGACCAGCCACUCCACCAUCUCCUCCAGCUUCGGCAAUGACGAGGCCGCCGGCUCCAAGGACAUGGCGACGGAGACCACCAGCUCGGAGGAGGAGCAGGAGUUCCCCGUGUCCAGCUCCUACGGGCCCCCGCGGCUCAGCAGCGACAGCCCCAUGGACGGCCGCGCCAUGCGCAGGUCCAGCAGGGGCUCCUUCACCCGCGCCAGCCUGGAGGACCUGCUCAGCAUCGACCCCGAGGCCUACCAGAGCUCCGUGUGGCUGGGCACUGAGGACGGCUGCAUCCAUGUUUACCAGUCAUCAGACAACAUCCGGAACAGGAAGAACAGCAUGAAGAUGCAGCACUCGGCCUCCAUUUUGUGCAUCCUAUACCUUGACAACAAAGUGUUUGUGUCUCUGGCCAAUGGUGAGGUCAUCGUUUAUCAAAGGGAAGCAGGCAGUUUCUGGGACCCCCAAAGCUCACAGACCUUGUGCCUGGGCACCCCCAGCAGUCCCGUGACAAAGAUGGUGCCAGUUGCAGGAAAGCUCUGGUGUGGCUGUCAGAACCGGGUCCUGAUCAUUAACACCAACACUCUGGCACAAGAGCACUCGUUCCCAGUGGGCCAGGACAGCAGCCGGUGUGUGACCAGCAUGGUGAGCUACGGUCUGGGCGUGUGGGUGGCUCUCCAGGGCAGUGCCCAGGUGCGUCUCUACCACGCCACCACCUUUGAGAGCCUCACCGAGGUGGACGUGGCCCCCGCUGUGCACAAGAUGCUCGCAGGUUCGGAUGCCAUCAUCCGGCAGCACAAAGCGGCUUGUCUGCGCAUCACAGCGCUGCUCGCCUGCAAGGACCUGCUGUGGAUCGGUACCAGCGCCGGGGUGGUCCUGACCCUGUCCAUCCCACCGGUCCUGGCCAGCACCAGCUCCGCGUCGCUGCGCGCCCCGCUCACCCCCAUGGGCUCCGCGCAUGGACACACCGGGCACGUGCGAUUCCUCACCUCCAUCGAGCUGCCCGAGGGCUUCAACGUCAACUUCCCCCUGCCCACAGAGACAGGUAACGCGGCCCCCAGUGGAGAGGCGGCCGGCUCUGCCCUGCAGAAGAGGGACUCGUCCCGCCGGCGCACCUCCACCAUCCUCCCGCUCAAGUCCAACCUCCUGGUCAUCAGCGGCGGGGAUGGCUACGAGGACUUCCGGCUGACCAAUAGCAGCGAGACGGUGGGGCGGGACGACAGCACCAAUCACCUGCUCCUGUGGAGGGUUUGAGUCCCGCCCCCGCCCUCCCUGAGAGGCUCCCACAAACCCCAGCCCCUCUUUACUCUAAAUGUCUUCUGCUCGGACUCUAUGUGCAUGGGUGUUACCUAACACAAAAAAGGGGUUGCUUCAAAACGUGUCUUCAGUUUAGUUUUCGUUUCAUUCCAAUUGGUCGUGUUGUUUCUGUUGAAUUUAUCCUCAUUUGUUUUUGUUUUUGUUCAUUUUUUUCAUUUUGAUUUUGUUUUGGUGUGAGAAGUGAACCUCCCUAUGCUUGUGUUGUCCCCUGUUGCCUCUGUGUCAUGGUCAGACUGUCUGGACUCUGAGCAGAUGGAGAAUCUGAGGAAGAGGAAAAGGAAACAGAAAGCUGAAAAGCAGCGUCUGAACUGUGUGGGGUAUUGAACAGUGUAUUCGCUGGGGUUGGCCUUCACUUUCCCCUCAUCGGUAUGUGGAGUCGGUUUUUCACUGGCCUCCUGCGCUCUUUUAUGACCUGCCACUUCCACAGCGAUAGGAGUUUGAGCCUCUGGAGGUUUGAAGAGUCGGUGAUGGCCGAGAGAGUGAACAAGAGACUGGAAGAGAGUGGAAGAGGAGUUAGUAUAUCCAAGGGCAUUGUGUGCAGGGCAGAAUGGGAGGUGAUUCACUGGGGGCAGCGAAACCCCAGGUGACUAAUGCUUCACUUGAGCGAUCAGCCUACUCUUUCCCAUAAGCAGUUGACGGUGUGACUACUGCUGCUCUUAUCACACUGUGUUUGAAAUGAAAAUGCUUUUUCUUUAGUCUCUUUGAUUAUUUCAUUAAGGAGAGUGAUAAGAAAGUAAAAAAAAAACAAUGUGCAAUAUAUGGCAAGGGUACCUACUAUGACUAUAUUACACACACUACACUGCUUGUCUGCAAGAAUACAGCUAGCCUUCCCAUAAUCCUCAGAAUCACAUUCAGGUCUAUGAUACCUUAUCACUUUAUGAUUUUGUUACCAUUUUUUAAAGAAUGAUAUUAAACACCCCACUACUAAAAAUAUCUGUUUAGGUAUGUAUCAGUAAUUCGUUUGUACAGUAUUUAUGUUUUAAUUUGAGUUAUCUUUUUACAGCACUUAAUUUAUAUGUUUAUGUUUUCCCCUUGCUGAGAGAGCAUGACACUGCCAAAACGAGUUGAAGUGGGUGUGUAGGAUGAUGAGGUUUUCCUAGAGCUUAGGUUAAAGAAAUCUCCCGUUGACAAAUGGCAGCUGUCCACCGUUCUAAUAGACUCUUUGUUUAUUGUAUUUCACACUAUAAAUCAUCCCUCUAGUCACCUUCCUGGCAUCGGAUACAUAGGCAUUAUUUUGGCCUGAGAGUGGUGUGUAUGUGCUUUUGUUUAUGUUUGUAAAGGUGUAUGAUAAAAAAGAAUGUAUAUUUCUGUUGUUUGUGUGUAUGCGUUUGUGCGUUGCAUGCAGGUACGUAUAUGUACUUAUGUGGGUGAAUGUGAGAGUGUGUGUUUGUGCGUCUCUCUUAACGUGUGGCUCCGUGGCCAGAUGGCUAGGCAUUAGAGGCCUUCAGCUUGUUGUGUUUGAGGAAAUGUCCUUAAGCCCUUAAUGUUUUUGACCUGCAGCUGGUGUAGGUAAGCCUCCUACACAGUAGAGAAGACUCUGCCACAAUGGUUUCCUUCUGUCAGAUGGUCCCAACCUAACCAACCUUCCCCCAGGUCUUAGAUCCUUUUAUAAGUUGUGGGUUGAUUUUUUUUAUGGUUUCUAGGUAAUGCUUCUGUGGGCAUCACCAAAACCACCACUUGAGAUCAGUACACACACACACACACACACACACGCAUGCGCGCACAUGUGUGCCCACACUUAGAAGUGAUUUCAUUACAGCAUUACAAAGCUUUGACCCAGUGCCUUUUUGUUGGGUGGCCUAAAAGCAACUGAUCACAAGUCAUUUUAAACAAACAUUAUUUUGUGUUAGAGAGCAGCGCCAAGCAAGGCUAAAGUCAGGCAGCACCAGAAGAGAUGGCACAGCAGGCUUUUAUUCUGAUCAGUCCAUACUUUCUGCAAACUCGUGGCUCUGUGGAUGUCGGGCAAGCAGCCUCCGUGUUGUGCUUUGGUAUAGUCUUACAGUAGAGCGACAACUCUCGUCUUAGGUGUGAGAUUGUUCAGGUUAUCUUUGACUCAAGGUUAUUUUGCUUCUUUGUACAACAGUUUUGGUGUGUGAAUUCUGUGUGACGUUCAGAGAGGGACGAAUCCUCAUUCCCAGGGGGUCUUUUUGAAAUGUUCUGCCUGGGACAGUGAUGUGGAUUUUCCCAUCCUGCAGGGAUGCCUGUAGCAGCAUGGGGAAGAAGCACUCACUCCCUUUUCAUCCAAUUAACCUGCAGCAUGCUCUUCACUUGUGUCAAAACAGCAGUCAGUCUUGAAUUUCAUGAAAAACCUUGUGAGUACACAAGGAAAAUAUAUUUGUAUAUGUAUUACGCUCCACGUGCUCAGUCUCACGUUGUAUUUUCUUUCUGGAACUAGGAAUUUUGACAGUAUACUGACAACAUCUUUGCAGUUUGCAUUUUCAAACUGAAUGCUUUUGAGUGACUAUUUGUUAAGAAGACCACUUCAGGAUUAUUAAUGAAGUUACUAAUAAAGCAUUGAUAUGCUAUGCUUAACUGAGUGUCCCUGUGCCCAUUGACUUGUACAGGGAAAUAACAACUAUUUAGGCCUUUGCCUCUUUCAUAAGUUUAGUGCUUCAGUUUAUAGAAGUAAUGAAUAUAUGCCCUCAUGGAAAAUUCUUGGCUUUAGCACCCUUACGGAUUCAAAGUGUAUUUCACAAUGAAUAUGAAGUAAAAUAUUAGCUCAGUCUGAGUAAUCUCUGAAAAAACACUUGUACUGUGUAUUAUAAGAACAGGCAUUGACUCUAUUAAAAUGUAUCAACCUAACCAAUUCAAAUCAAAGUCGGUAAUCUAUUACAAAUAGUAAUGUGUUCUUGUAAGUAGCCUUCAUGCCCAUCUGUGAAAGAAGUCCUCUCUGUGUGUAUUGUAAAUAUUGGUAUAUAUUGCCUUCUUUGUACAUAGUGCUCCCCAGUCCUCAAUUGUUGAUAUGAAUCUAAUGGCAUAUUUUUAUAUACUUGUUUAAGUUUUUUUUUCUUGGGUACAGCUGUGCCAUCACAUUUAAAUUAUAACUAUUACAGUAUUUUAAAGAAGAGAGAAAAACUUUUACGCUGAGAUGCAGUUCAUAUUACAGACGUCAUGAUUAUAUCACAUGCUUCCUGUUAUGGUUCUUUUGUCACUGUGGGUUCUUUGUAAUUAAAAAGUUCACUGGUG